AUGUGCACCGCCGAGGUGGACCGUCACGUCGCCCAGCGAUACCUGCUCAAGCGGCGGCUCGGAAAGGGGGCCUAUGGCAUUGUGUGGAAGGCAGUGGAUCGGAGGACUGGCGAGGUUGUGGCCAUCAAGAAAAUCUUUGAUGCCUUCAAGGAUAAGACAGAUGCCCAGAGCACCGCCCCCUGCAAACCCAGGGUCCAGCAGCGGACGUUCCGGGAAAUCAUGCUUCUCCAGGAAUUUGGGGACCAUCCCAACAUCGUCCGCCUCCUGGAUGUGAUCCCGGCAGAGAACAACAGGGACAUUUACCUGGUGUUUGAGUCUAUGGACACCGACCUGAAUGCCGUCAUCUGCAAAGGCACACUGCUGAAGGACAUCCACAAGCGCUACAUCUUCUACCAGCUGCUGCGGGCCACCAAGUUCAUUCACUCAGGGCGGGUCAUCCACCGGGACCAGAAGCCAUCCAAUGUUCUCCUGAACGCCAGCUGUUUGGUGAAGCUCUGUGACUUUGGCCUGGCUCGCCCCCUCAGCGGCCUCCCUGAGGUGCCCGAGGGCCAUGCCCUGACGGAGUAUGUGGCCACGAGAUGGUACCGGGCUCCAGAGAUGUUGCUGUCUUCCAGCUGGUACACCCCCGGGGUGGACAUGUGGAGUCUGGGCUGCAUUCUGGGGGAGAUGCUGCGGGGGCGGCCCUUGUUCCCUGGCACGUCCACCCUCCACCAGCUGGAGCUCAUCCUGGAGGCCAUCCUGCCACCAUCCAAGGAGGACCUCCUGGCGCUCAGCUCUGGUUGCAACAUCUCAGUUCUGCAGCACCUGGGGUCCCGGCCCAGGCAGACACUAGAUGCCCUCCUGCCCCCCGACACCCCUCCAGACGCCCUGGACCUCCUCUCGAGACUCCUGGUGUUUGCCCCGCACAAGCGGCUCAGCGCAGCCCAGGCCCUGCAACACCCCUACGUGCAGAGGUUCCACUGCCCGGCCCGUGAGUGGACACUGGGCGGGGACGUGCGGCUCCCGGUGCAGGAAGGAGCCCAGCUCUCAGCCGCCGAGUAUCGCCGCCGCCUCCAUCAGAUGGUCUUGGAGCGCAGGGGCCACGGCCGCUUCCCGAAGGAGACGGGUCUGGGGGGCGGCUCCCCGACCCCCGAGCCGGAGGCCCAGCUGCCCUCGGACUCGCCCGCGUUGAACCCCGGAUGCCGGCCUCGGAAUAACCCCGGCCACUGCCCCGUGCACGACGCCCCUGGCGGAGCCGAGGACCCUCCCAAGCAGAACUCAGCCCCCCUGCACCAGCCUCCGCCCCCAGGAGGUUCUGGGAGAGGGGCGAGGCCCGGCGGGGCGACGUCAUCCUCGUGGGUGAAGCCCAGCGUGAGGGAGGCCGCGCCCUCCUUGAUCUCGCAGGCGGCCGCCCAGGUGGCCGUCCGGGCCCUGAUCCGGAGUGACCGGAACCCAGGCCGCGGUGCGAACGCGCCCGGCGCGCCACGGGUUCCUCCUAGACCUCCCGGAGCUGCCCGGCCCGGUCGGAGGAUGUUCGGGGUCUCGGCCGCGCAGGGGACCCAGGGGGCCGCGCGGGCCGCGCUGGGGGGCUACUCCCAAGCCUACGGGACCGUCUGCCUCUCGGCGCUGGGCUGCCUGCCCCUUCUCCCAGGACCUCGCGCCUGA